CUCAAAAUGGCACUCGAAUACAUCUUAUUAGCUGGAAUGCAGACGUUUAAGUCUCUUCGAAUUUUCACCAUGACAUUGGCAUUUGUGGCCGUUGCAUAAAAGCGGUGAAAGGAUUGUAUUCAUUGAGGCAUUGCGUCUCUACGGGGCAUUGUCACGCAAUUUUGUGAGCGUGAUUGAUUUGAUCGUAAGCAACUUGGCUGGGCACGGAUCAUUUACCAUACUUCAUGUUGAAAACAGACAUGGUGGCUGUAUGAUGAGGGGCUGUUGAGAGAGUUUGCGUUCUGUACGCAAAUUCUCAACGCAAGUUGAUGUGAGAUGCUAGAUACGACAUCCAAUUUCUCUCAAUUGCGUGCUUCGUCCUUCCCAUUCAUCGUUCAAAAUGAAUUUCAAAAUUCUUACUUGUCUCUUUGUCUACCUCUUAGCUUGCUUCUUACAGCAUGGAAGUUGCACCAAAAGUACAGGAAGUGGAAGUCCUUCUCACGAAUCAGGUUCAAAAAAACCAAGAUCACCCAGAAAUCCUAUGCCGGAUUUGAAUUUCUCACCACCUCGAGAGGAAAAAGAACAUCAGCCAGGAUCACCGACGAGAAGCUUGAAUAAAGCCUCAGCCUCGGCUCAUAGUGGUGGAUCACAUGCAGCGAUCAAAGGCAAAGAAGCUUCAGCCUCGGCUCAUAGUAGUGGAUCACAGGCAAUGGUCAAAGGCAAAGAAAAGCGCAAGUACUCUUUAACGCCAUCCUUGUCUUCAUCCUAUUCUGAUUCCCUCAAAUAUUAUCCUACAUCUGGAAAGAUUGGAAUUGGUGAAUAUGGCAGUCAAAAAAGAACUCCAUCACCACGCAAUUCGAGGCAGCGAAGUCCAACGCCAGACUCUGCUAGAAAACGCAAAGAUCGUAGCCCAACACCAGAUUCUGCAAGACAGCAAAAAGCUGGUGGAAGCCCAAAAGGCGAACCUCCUCAAAGCCCAAAGCGAAAACGGUAUGGUACUCCUCCUAUUGAUCCAGGCAUUUCCGGGACGAAAAAAGUGGUUAUAAAUUCUCCCUUGGUACUUUCUUCUUCUACUCAAUAUACUCGAGGCCAUUCUGGUUCAACCAUCACCCCAACGACCGCAAUGCUUCUCGAAGAUGAAUACGUGUAUAUGCAAAAGUUUGGUCAUCCUCCUCCUUCUUAUCAAUCUCAUAGCGAUACUCGAAGUUACGAUUAUCGUGGAUAUGCAAGCUCGCCUGGAUCGAUUCAACAGCAACUGUUGCAUGAUACCGCAAGUAGUCGAAGCCCAAGUCCUACAGGUCGUCAAAAAAGUCAAGCGUCUGUUGAACAAAUCGCUGGCUCUUCUUCUCGUGGCGGUCAUGCUGCCGGUCCUACUUCUAGCGCGCAAAGCAUUCAUUAUAGCGGUUCACAUCCUACUCAAAGUCUUACUGUGGAUCGCUCUUCUCUUCGUCGGGAAGGAACGACUACGCCUCCAAGACCAAGUUCUAGCAGUUCUUCACAUGCUGCCAGUUCCCCUCACGUUGGUGCUGUUGCUGCAUCUCCUGCCCAUAGCGGCCAUAGCGUCGGAUCUGUCAAAUCCAGCAAGAGAAGUGGCAGUCAUUGAAAGUGUCCAUCAUGAUUUCUCUUCUUUUUCUUUCAGCUGAUCAUCGAAUCCCAAUGCAUGAAGAUCCUUCCAAGUUUCAUCCGCUUCGCCUCCCGAUUGAAGAUGAUACAUCUCUAGAAAACCUGUCAAGGUUAAAUUUCCAUCUUUAUCCACAUCGAAAUAUUCUCGUACUUCAUCCUUUUCUUCUUUUGACAUCGUUUUCCCUUCAUUUACCGCUUUUGUAAACGUAUCCAAUUCAUCCUCCGUAAUGAUUAAUUUUGAUAAACUUUCAUCCUUUUCCCUUGCUUUCAUGAAUUGAUCAACGUCUUUGAACUUUCCCUCUGUGUAGACUGAUUUGCCUUGAGUUGAGAAACGGAUAAAGGUACUCGUCAACGCCAGUGCAAAAGCUGGCGAUAACUCCCCUUCAUCAUCGAUCAGUUCCACCCGUUCAGUCGGCAUUAUGUACUUCCAAU